AUGGGGAAUAAUCUUUGUUAUUAAACAGGAGAGAGAUCAUCUUAAUUUCCUUAAUUACUUCUUAAGUACGAGAUGGGGAACUGUGAAAUUGCUCUGACUGCUGGUCCUGUUGAGAAUGAGGAUGUAGAAUGCCUAGUAAUUCCAACAGAUUCAGAAUACUCGAAUAUUAAGUAGAGUGAUAAACCAACAUUCGCAUAAUUAAAUGGGAAAUGUGUGUUUGUGGCAGCUAGGAAGACACAGAAAAAUUAGAUUUUGGCUGUUGUUAUCGAUAAGGAAACUAUAUUGAGUAGUGAUAAAAGUGACGAUGAAAAAUAAACCAUUUAUGAAGCAGUUCAAGAAGCCUUAAAAAUAGCAGAAUAAAAGCAAAUGAAAUCCAUAGGGUUUCCAGUUUUUGCAUCAAAGGAUCACACUACAUCAGCAACCAUUAUGUUGAUGGCCAUUAAACUGAGCGUGACUGAGUAAAAAAUUAAAUCCUUAAAAAGAAUAGUAAUCACAUUAGAUCAUGUUGAACAAGUGAGUAGCUUUAAAUGGGUGUUUUAGUAAGUAUUCAAAGGAAACUAAUAAAUUGCAAAUUCUAGAACUUAUUCAAGCUCAAUAAUGGAAUAAAUGGAAUCCAUUUCCGUUGAUAUCGUUAAAACUAAAUAAAAAUGUGCUACUAAGGAGGAAAAAGCAUGAGAUAAUCUUUAAUUCAUAAGUAACAAAUUGAUUUAUAUUGUUUACAUUAAAUUCAAAAUCUUUACUUUUUAAA